AUGUUAAUUCUAAAUACAUUAAUGAAAAAAAGCUUAAUUACAAAUAUAAAAGAAGGAGAAAUGAAGUUAUAAAGUUUAGAAUUAUUAAAUUAGAAUAGAAAGAGAUCUCAUUCUUUUGAUCUACCAUUCAUAACCUUAUUAUCAUAGAAUCAAUUGUCCAAAAUGUAACCCAAAUUAAAAAAUAUGCUUUUGAUACCAUACUCAUCAAAUUAUAGAAAUUCAGCAAGAAAAUCAUAAAGAUCAGAAAAACAUGAUAUAAUGGAUGCAAUAUCAUUAACAAGUAAUGUAGCUUCUGAAACACCUUAAUAAAAAGCAAAUAUUAGAAGAGCCAGUUAAUAUGAUUACAUUAGUUUAAAAUAAAGAAGAUUAGAUAGUUAUGCACCUUAUGUGUUUAUUUGUUAACAUAAUAGAGAUGUGGCAGUUUAUAAAAAGAAAAAAUUGAAUCGAAUAAAAAUGCAGUAUAGUAUAUGAAUAAUUCAAUUAGAAUUUAUGAAAAGAUCAAAUCUUAAAAAGUAGUAGAAAAUAUAAAGAAGCAGAAGUUCUAUAUUACAAUAAUAAAUUAAAAUUACACAUAAGAGAGCUAAAACAAUAAGUGAUUAAUUAUAUUAAGGUCCAAUAUUAAAAUUGGAUAUUGAAUUAGAAAAAAAAAUAAAGAUGUUAAUUUAUUCAUAAAGAUGUUCUCGAUUGAUACUAAAAAGAAAGACAUGUAUUUAAGAACCUUAAAAUAACAUUUUUGUCACAAGAGAUAAAUUGUUAAGAUAUCAAGAAGUGAUGGCAAAAAAGUUUGUAAAUUUAUAUCUUAUUCCAUUUAGGAUUAAGCUGAUUCAUCUUGUGAAUCUUCUCCUUAGAUUGUAACAAAGAUCUAAUUUAAGAAAACUUAAUUUAGUAAAAUUUAAGUUUCUGAAAAUACUAUAAAUUAAUAUUUGACACCUAGAGUACAUUGUGAUCAAAACCUAAAUAUAUUUAAUAGAAAAGCAUCUCAUAGUGUUAUAGCUCAAUAUGUUAUAGAUAAAAAUAAAAAAAUAAAGGGUUAUGUUCAUGAAGAUUAAAAAUUACCUUUGAUUAAAUAACCAAGUUUAAAUGAAUUCAAUAAAUAUUUCUUGGCUUAAAAAAGAAGUAUAGAUAUUGGAAGAUUAUCUUAAUAAUUAAUUCAAUCUAAAUCUCAAGAUAAUGGAGAUAAAUAGAUUUAAUUAAAUUUAAAAUAAAACUAAUUUAUUAAUAAAUAAAUCAAUAUUCUAAUUUAAUAAAAAUCAGACACAUAAUUAAAUCAGAAUAUAAGGAUUAGAACAUUACCAAAUGAUAUAAAUUUGAGUAAAAAUAAAACUAAUUUGAUAAGAAAGUUGAGACCUUAUUUCAAAUGA